AAAAAAUAAAAUGCUUCCUUGUUAAGCUUAACAUUUUCUGUGAUUCACUCGACAACAAACUCCGCGGCCGCCUCUCGUACACAAGUGAGUCCCAUCUAAGGUCUCACACUGACUCACAUCGUAGCGCCUCGCCUCGGCUUCUUCUUCGCCCCUCUGCCACCUGAAGCUCAACUCCUCCCUUGGCAGAAUGGCUUUGGUUGUAAUUUGUGGGCAACCCUGCAGUGGAAAAUCCACUGCUGCUCUUUCUCUCUCCGAGGCUAUCAAACAAUCAGAAUCAGAUUCCAAUCUUACGGUAAAGAUAAUCUCCGAGACUUCCUUUCAUCUCGAUCGAAAUCAAAGCUAUGCAAAUAUGCCUAGUGAGAAGAAUUUGAGGGGAGUUCUUAGGUCUGAAGUAGACAGGUCUUUGACCAAAGACAAUAUUGUUAUAGUUGAUUCAUUGAAUAGUAUUAAGGGUUAUAGGUAUGAGCUUUGGUGCUUGGCCAGAGCGGCUGGGAUUAGAUAUUGUGUUCUGUUCUGUGAUGUUGAAAAAACCCAUUGUAGAAAAUGGAAUGAAGAACGCAGGGAAAAGGGUCGACCUUCUUAUGAUGAUAAGAUAUUUGAUGAUUUGUCUUCUAGGUUCGAAACACCUGAUAGAAGGAACCGUUGGGACUCUCCGUUGUUUGAGCUUUGUCCUCACAAAGAUGGGAUUGACAAGUCUUCAACUGCCAUAAUUGAGGCUGUUUUGUACUUGACCAAGAAGGUUGAUUCCAAAACAAGGGAUGUUAAGGUUCUGCAGCCCACGAUUGCUACUCAGACUGGGAAGUUUUCGGAGGCCAAUUCUCUCUAUGAGUUGGAUAGAGCAACGCAGGAGGUGACCAAUGCUUUGGUGGAGGCUCAGUCUCAGGCUCUUGGAGGGCCUUUAAAUGGGGUUUCUCUUGGUCAAGGUUUGCCAACUGUCAACAUAUCAAGGUCUGUUGGUUUGCCCGAGCUUCGCAGGCUCCGGCGAACUUUUAUCAAGUUGACGGGGCAAACGAGUUUAAGCGGGCCGCCGCCACCUUCUGACGCCGACAGUGCCAAAAGAAUGUUUGUGGAUUACUUGAACAGGGAAUUAGGAAGCAAUUGAAGGGAGCAAAAGAAAUGCAAGCUGAAGAAUGAUGAAGUGCUGUACCUUUAAAGUUAGCUUAUUUCUUGAUCUUCCCUUGUAGCUAGUUUGAGAGUAUAAUAGGAAUAUUGUAUUUUUACUAAUCUCUCAUUCUGGUUUGGUCAGUAUUUAUACGAGUGAUGCCUUUGUAAGAGGCCAAAGGGCACCACAAGGUAGUAGUAACCAUAGCCAUACAGCUUUGAAAAUGCUAAUGCCCUUUGUCUUCUCAAUUUUGCUGUUUUAAAUUUUCAAAACUGAAUUUCUUGAA